GAUGGAAUCAUAGACGCGCCCAUUCUGCGUAUAACUCGUCCAGCUCGUCCUCCCGAGCGAAUUUCCAAUUUUGCGGUCGCGCGACUCGGUCUCGAGUAUGUCAAUUAAUCUGGCACAGAAUCUUCUGUCGUCGAUGGUGCCGAAACACGAGUACCUACUUUAUGAGAUAGAAUCGACUGACACUAAUAGCAUAGGCCUCGUUUUCAGAGCGAUUUACGAUGGUCACGAGCAUCAGAAAUUUAUGGAGAAGCUCGAUGACCGUAUUAAGGCUCAUGACAAGGACAUCGAGAGGAUGUGCAAUCAUCACUAUCAGGGAUUCAUCGAUUCUAUUCGGGAGCUCUUACAAGUUCGCUCGCAGGCGCAACAGUUGAAUGCAGAGAUAUUGGAACUUGACAAAUGCAUCACCGCCACGUCCACCAAGGUGAUCGAGAAGGGCGAGGAACUCGUAAAAGCUCGCAAAGUCGAGAGCAACAUGGCUGCUGCUGUAGACAGUCUCACUAUGUGCCUUCCUGUCUUAGCUGCGUAUGCCAAGUUGCAGAAACAAUUAAAGGAUAAACGUUACUAUCCAGCCUUGAAAACGCUGGAGCAGUUGGAGCAUCAUGAUCUGCCGAAAGUUACGAAUUAUAGAUUUUCCUCUCAAAUUACGCAACAAAUUCCGCAAUUGCGCGAGAAUAUUAAGGAUGCAUCUAUGUCUGAUUUGAGAGAUUUUCUUGAAAAUAUAAGGAAGCAUUCGCCAAAGAUCGGGGAAGUUGCAAUGAGGCAUACCGCCGAACAGUUAGCGACUGAGGCCGAAAUUAUAGGAAGGAAGAAAAAGAGAUCUCACCCGAAUCAGUCAAACGAAAUCGAGGAGGAACUGAGCGCUCAAGAUUUAAUGGAUUUCAGUCCCGUGUAUCGAUGUAUGCAUAUCUAUACUGUGCUCCGGGAAGGAGACACUUUCAAAACGUACUAUAGGCAACAAAGAAAGCAGCAAGCUAGACUAGUUUUGCAGCCACCCAUCAACAUGCACGAGAGUAUAGUUGGAUAUCAGACUUAUCUACACGGUAUCAUUGGUUUCUUUGUGGUAGAAGAUCACAUAUUGAAUACAGGAAACGGACUAGCUACUCGCGCAUACUUGGACGAGCUUUGGACCAUGGCAUUGUCCACCAUAGUGAAUGCUUUACGCACGCAUUCGGCAUAUUGCACAGACGCUACACUUAUACUAAAAAUAAAAAAUCUUAUUAUGUUAUUCAAUACUACUCUAAGGGAUUACGGCUACUCCGUAGAACAACUAUGGGAUUUGUUACAAGAAAUUAGAGUUCAUUACAACGAAGUGCUAAUGCAACAUUGGGUGCAAGUAUUCAGGGAUAUUUUGGACGAAGAUAAUUUCUUGCCAAUUCAAGUUACAACGCAAGCAGAAUACGACCAAGUUUUGAAUCUAUUUCCUUAUCACGACGAGGAAUUGCAAAAAGCUGAAUUUCCAAAGAAAUUUCCAUUUUCUGAUAUGGUACCGAAGGUUUAUCAGCAAGUAAAAGAGUUUAUCUACGCUUGCUUAAAAUUUUCUGAAGACUUGAACUUCACGCAAACGGAGAUUGACGAAAUGAUAUGCAAAUCAACGAAUCUGUUACUAACCAGAACUUUCAGCGGAUGCUUGUCAUCUUUGUUUCGCAAGCCAUCCUUAGCACUUUUGCAAGUAGUACAAAUUAUAAUAAAUACGGGAUAUCUCGAGAAAUCGACAAAAUAUUUAGAAGAAUUUGUGACUAAUAUUACUGGCACACCGCAUCAAGGACAAUUAAGUUGCAUGGACGUAGAAUCUGCUAUGUUUCGAGUCGCGCGAGAUGAUGCUGAGAAGCAGAUUUGCGAUAAACUGAAGAAUAAGCUGGAUGAAUUUUUAGAAUUGGAGAAUUACGACUGGAACUUGGCGGAACCUCAAGGACAUGCUUCGGGAUUCAUUACGGAUCUUAUUGCGUUUUUGCAGAGUACUUUAACAUGCUUCACUAAUUUACCGGCUGAAGUAGCUCAAGUGGCAUGCAAAUCCGCAUGUUCUCACAUCGCUAAGGCCAUAUUAGGCAUAUUAAUUAGUGAAGAUGUGAAACAGAUAUCCAUGGGUGCAUUGCAACAAGUUAAUUUAGAUACGAUACAAUGCGAACAAUUUGCUGCUUCUGAGCCAGUCGUUGGUUUGCCAGAAGGAAUCUUAUUGCAGUACUUUUCGCAAUUACGACAGUUACUAGAUUUAUUUAUGAGUUGGGACUGGCCUACUUAUUUUCACGACUACGGUCAUGACUCUAAUAAAUAUGAUUUAGUAACCCCGAAUAUGGCUGUGCUUCUGCUGGAAAAGUUGAAAGAGUCUGAUAAGAAAACGGUGUUCUCUGUGUUAAAGAAAAGCGAAAGAGAUAAGAAGAAAUUACUUGAAACUGUAUUAAAACAAUUACGUCAAUUAGCACAGACUACUCAACAGCAGUAGGAGUUGGAAUCAAUAAUGUAACAUAGAUAUAUUCCGAGAAUAUGUAAAUAUAUAUUAAUUUUUAUAUAGAAGCAUUGCAAGACCGUGAUUCUUGAUAAUGAAUAUUUAUUAUAAAAGUAUGUUUUCGCUAUUCACACAUCCUGUAAAUCGAUUUCAAAUU